AUGGUGUACUCACCUGCCAGAGCAUAUGUGGACCAUGCAGGCCAACAUAGAGUGAUUGAUGAGAUGUGGACGGCAGACUGGUGGGGCGAGACACAAAAAGCCUUGCCCAAAGGAGCCAUGAUGGCACCAAUUAUUCUAUCAUUGGACAAAACCUGCUUAUCACAGUUCCGAGGGGACAAGUCAGCAUGGCCAGUAUAUAUGUCUAUUGGCAACAUCACCAAAGCAAAAAGGCAUCAGGCAUCAGCACGAGCAAUGAUUCUUAUUGGUUACUUACCUGCAGGCAAACUUGACUGCUUCACUCCCGAUGCACACUUGCUGGCCGGAUACAGACUCUUUCAUUACUGCAUGGCUCUACUCCUCCAUCCUCUCAUAGCUGCUGGACGAGAUGGUUUUGAAAUGGUGUGCGCAGACUCACAGAUUUGUUGUGUCCACCCAAUACUGGCAGCAUAUGUCACCAACUUUCCUGAGCAGUGCCUGGUUUCCUGUUGCAAGGAGAACCAUUGUCCAAAGUGUCUGGUGGCAGGGAAUGAGCAAGGUGACAGACUCAACUCAAUAUGCCUCAUUACAAUAUCUUCCUUGCAUUCACUCCCUGACCUUUUGCACCAACUCCAUAAAGGAGUGUUUAAGGACCAUCUUGAAGAAAUGGAUGUGUGUUUCAAGGCGAUGCCUGACUAUCCAGGGCUCCAUCACUUCAAGAAAGAUAUAUCGGCUGUUAAACAAUGGACAGGAAGUGAACACAAAGAGAUGUAG